AUGUCCAAAAAUGGCAGACUGGUGAUUGUGUGGUUGACCAUCAUAAGCAGUGUUGCCGUUUCCUUUUGGCUAUGCUACCUCCACAUCCCGUUUCCCAAAGAGGAAACUACCACCCUUUUCUAUGAGACCUUGGAUAUGUCGGAGGCCCAAGCAGAAUCGUUGAAGAAAUUGGGCUUGACGCCGAAAAAAUCCGUCCGUGUGACCGACUCGCUUACCGGCACCACGAAAACCAUCCACGGCCGCUUUGUGCAUGUGACCGACUUCCAUCCCGACCCGUACUACAAAGUUGGCUCCGAUGUGAGCCGCAUGUGCCACAAGGGGAAAGGAAGCGCAGGCAAGUACGGAGACGCCAUUUUGGGAUGCGACUCGCCUUUGGAAUUGGUCGACAAGACCAUCGAUUGGAUCGACGACAACUUGAAGGACAAGAUCGAUUUCAUAGUGUGGACCGGCGACAACAUGAGGCACGACAACGACAGAAUGUUUCCCAGAACGGAAAAGGACAUUAUGGAAAUGAACCAGAAAAUCGCCGAUAAGAUGCACGAGCGUUUUGGCGACUUGCCUGUUCCUUCUUUGGGCAACAAUGAUGUGUACCCGCAUAAUCUUUUUGCGCCGGGGCCAACGCUUCAAACAAGAGAGUUUUUCAAAAUCUGGCGGUCCUUUGUGCCCCAGCUGCAAUUCCAUACGUUCAGCAACGGUGUUUACUUUUUCCAGGAGGUGAUCCCCAACCAGUUGGCGGUUCUUUCCAUCAACACGCUCUAUUUGUUCCAGUCCAACCCGUUGGUGGAUUCGUGCGACAGGAAAAAGGACCCGGGCCAUAAGCUUUUCCUUUGGCUAGGCGUCGUCUUGAAGGAAAUGAGAAGACGCAACAUGAAGGUGUGGUUGACUGGCCAUGUUCCGCCCAACGCCAAAAACUAUGACAUUUCUUGUCUUCGCAAGUACAUUGCCUGGUCUCACGAGUACAGAGAUGUGGUGAUUGGAGGCUUGUAUGGCCACAUGAACAUAGACCACUUCAUUCCUUUGGACUCGAAAAUGGCGUACAAGUCGCUCCACAAGAAAUUCGGCAAGUUCGGGCUCCAGUACGAGGACGAAUUCGAGACACACAGUAUGGCCAACGAGGAGUUUGAACAAGCAAAAGAGGAGUUUGAAAAAACAAAAGAUAUAGACCUUGAUGACGAGUUAGACCUUGACGACGAGUUGGAAGACGACCUCGAUCUCGAACAAUUGUACCAGAUGCACAAUGUCUCGGUCUACGACAGCAUUGCCAACAGCGACUUCCACGUCGAUCUCGCCAGCAACAUCAACAAAGAAAACGAUUUCUGGACGGAAGGCGGAAUCCCCAAUGGCAAAGUCAGGUACAUGGAAACACUCAGACAAACGUAUUACGCAGACAUUAAGAGGAAAAGCAAGAGCGGCGACAUGGGCGAGCGGUACUCGAUCGUGCACGUUUCUGCUAGUGUGGUGCCUACAUUCAAUCCCGGAAUCAGAAUCUGGGAAUACAAUAUCACCCAGCUAGAAAAUGCCACGGCUUACUAUAGAGAAGUGCCCAAGUGGGACCAAUUUUUCUCGCGCAUUGACCAGAUUCUUGAACAAGAGUCGGCCGGCCCAGACUUGGACCAUGAAUUUGCGGCGUUUGAGCAGAAGGUGGAGAUUUUGAAGAAGGACAAGACGUUCCCGCCCAAAAUGCCCAAAGACUUGCCCUUGGGCCCAGGUUUCGAACGGCAACUAUUUACACCCGAGCGUUAUGUGCAGUACUACCUAGACUUGGCCAGUGUCAACACAGGAGAGAAGGAGUUCGACUACGAGAUCGAGUAUACCACAGACGACAAGAACUACAACAUGAAGGACCUCACCACAGCCGAGUGGCUCAAGUUGGGCCGCAAGUUGGGCGAGCCUGUGAAGGGAAAACGGAAAAAGACGAAAAGCCCCAAGUACACGACCAAGUUGGAGCGGCUCUGGCGCACGUACCUCAAGCACACGUUCGUCAGCUCUGACUACGAGCACAAGGGCUACGGCUAG